AAGAUGGUUGAAGAUCCAAAGAGAAAACUGCUCAUUGUUCUUACUGUCCUCUUGCUGCCCAGCUCAGCACAAACAGGGAAUACAGACAGACUCUCAGGGCAUCACUGCACUGGCUUUGAGACAGCCAAUUUCCUACGGGGGAGCAAACUUAAAGUCCAAUUUCUUCUGUUCACUUCCUCGAGCCCCAGCUGUGGAGAGCUGAUUUCAGCUGAUGGUGGCAUCAAGAACUGCAGUUUCAACAGCAGCCUGAAAACCAAAAUCAUCAUCCAUGGCUUCAGGGCUUUGGGUACCAAACCUUCCUGGAUUGAAGGGCUUAUCCAAGCCAUACUGCACAACAGCCAGGUGAAUGUGAUUGCGGUAGACUGGGUUUAUGGGUCUACAGGAGUCUAUCCCUCCGCAGUGGAAAAUGUCACACAGCUGGCCCUCACCAUCUCCCAAUUCAUCAGCAAGCUCCUGGCCCUGGGAGUCUCAGGGACAUCUAUCCACAUCAUUGGAGUAAGCCUUGGAGCACAUGUUGGGGGCCUGGUGGGGCACUUCCAUGGUGGUCGCCUGGGACAGAUAACAGCCCUGGAUCCUGCAGGCCCUAAGUACACCAGAGCCAGCCCUGAGGAACGCCUGGAUCCUGGGGAUGCCCUCUUCGUGGAAGCCAUUCAUACUGAUGCUGACAAUUUCGGGAUCCGGAUUCCAGUAGGCCACAUCGAUUAUUUUGUCAAUGGAGGCAAAGAUCAGCCAGGAUGCCCCCGAUUCAUCUCUGCAGUCUAUAACUUUCUGAUCUGUGAUCACAUGAGGGCAGUACAUCUCUACAUCAGUGCCUUGAACCAUCCCUGUCCCAUCGUGGGGUUCCCCUGUGCAAGCCAUCAAGAUUUUCUAAAUGGUCAUUGCCUGGACUGUGCAGAACCCUUCUUGUCCUCCUGUCCCAGAAUAGGCCUGCUGGAGCAGGCAGGUGUCAACAUGAGCAGGCUGCCACAGGAAGUGAAGGUUUUUUUAAUGACCAGUCCUUCAGCCCCAUUCUGUGUCUACCACAGCCUGGUUGAGUUCCACUUGCAGAAGAAAAGAAACAGAGUCACCAGCAUUGAGAUCAGUUUCAGCAGUAACAGCACCAAGGAUACAGCCAAAAUCACCAUACCUAAGGACCAGGAGACAGGCAAACAGCUGCUGGCCCACCAAGUUCCCCUCUGCCAGAUAAAUAGUAUUACCCUGAAGUAUAUCCCCAAGAAUCGUUUUUGGAGCAAGGAUGAGCCAUUCGUUGUUGGCAAGUUCUGUGUAGCGCCACUGCCUCUCAAUAGCAGCAGGAUAAUGUCAUGUCUGCCCUGGAGCCUCACCCUCCCCAGCAAAACAGACAUCUCAUAUGACCUGCCUACUGCUUGUACCUAGCUCUGCCUUCAGGAUACAGAGAAUCAGAAAGGAGAUCUAAACCUUUUGUUGCUCUCUGCUCCCAGAUGAGAGCAGACUGGAUGGGUUUUUCAGUCCCUGCAUUCGGGGGAAGAUGUCAAGCAAAAGAAGCGUGUGAGAGAUUGACAAAUACAAGGUUAACUGGUUACAGCAAAAUCUUCCAGCUAAAACACUGGUUUGACA